AUGGCGAACACUUCUGCUUUCGCCGUAUAUGACGACUCGGUGAAGAAGCUGUUUGGCAGCUCGCCGAAGUUGGAGCUCUUGCACGAGAACCAAGAAUAUCCCUUUGCGCACGAGGCAGGAGUCUUCAUCGAGCGGGACAACACUCUCUUCAUCACCAGCAAUCAGUUCAUUGACAAGACCGGCGGUAGGAAGAUACAGGUAUGCCGUGUCACACUUCCAUCGAAUGGCAAUGCCAAGGUCAAGUGCGAGGAGAUUUACCCUGAGAGUGUGCACAUGGCCAACGGCGGUGUCAACUACCUAGAUGGUGUUCUUUUCUGUGCCCAAGGAACUUUGGAUUCGCCUGGUGGCAUCGUUUUCAUGGAGGCCCAGCCACCUUAUCAGACGCGGUUGAUGAUUAGCUCGUUCCAUGGUCGGGAAUUCAACUCCGUCAACGACGUCGUCGUUCACAGCGAUGGCUCAAUCUGGUUCACCGACCCGAUAUACGGCUAUGAGCAGGGAAUUCGACCACGGCCGAAGCUUCCCAGUCAGGUGUAUCGAUAUGACCCCAUUAGAAGCUCGAUCAGAGCGAUGGCGGAUGGGUUUGGAAGACCGAACGGAAUCUGUUUCAGUCCUGAUGAAAAGACCGUCUAUGUGACGGAUACCGACUGGAUUCACGGUGACGGUUCAACCGACCUCACAAGACCUUCAACCAUCUAUGCUUUCGACGUUGCUUCUUACUCUGGAGAACCGUUCCUCACAAAUAGGCGGCUGUUCGCCAUGGCAGACACAGGCAUUCCGGACGGCAUCAAAUGUGACGUCCACGGUAAUGUGUACAGUGGCUGUGGCGAUGGCGUGAACAUCUGGUCGCCAGGGGGUGUGUUGCUGGGAAAGAUUCUCAUUCAAGGCGGUGCUGCCAACUUCUGCUUCGGCCGCAACGGGGAGCUUUUCAUCCUCAAUGAGCACCGUCUGUGGAGAGCAAAACUGGCUGACGAAACCAAGGGAGCGUUGUUGUGUAUUUAG